UGUUAAGUUGCAGGUUCGUUGCUUUCAGUUGAUUUUAGACCACGAUGCUGCGAAGAAGGUCCCCGGCGUCACUCUGCGCCCUCACUUUGGCCGCCAUGUGUAUUUCGCCCGUUCGUUCUUGGAUCAACACCUACAAAUCCGACAUACACCCUGAGUAUCCAGGGAGCUGUUAUGACGCCGAUUCUGGAGCCGUGCUGACGCCGGGCGUCACUAUGACGUUGGCUGGAGGUGCCGGACGCACACCCGGAGAACACUGUGUCAGUAAAACCUGCAUCAGGGCGUCCGGACACUCGACCGGGAACGACGCAAGGUCCGAACUUUUCGUCAAGGUUGAAAGGUGUACGCCGCUCAAGGAGAUUGAUGGAUGCGAGAUAAUUCCUGGGCACGAGGAUCUGGUUUACCCAAGCUGUUGUCCGAGAUUACGAUGCAUCCAACCAGCUCCGGAAGCGCAGUUAAAAUCAGCAAAGUUAUCGUCGAUUGUUGUCGUCUAGCAGACUAUAUAAAGUGGACUUACAAUUCGUCCUCUUUUGUACAUAUUGUAUUUAUAAUAAACUAUAUUACUAUAUUAUACCGUAAAUUGGACUUCUUACUUUUGUUACGCAUGCGGUGAUUUUUUGCACGUCGCGUCGUGCAGUAUAACCGUUAGCUCAUGAUCAUUAAUUUAGUUAUUGUUAUGUGAUCGUUAAAAUCUCCUAAACUAUAGAGGUACAUUUUUUCUACAUUUUUGCCGUCUUGUCGAGAGUUUUAUGUUUCAUUCUAUUCUGUAAAUUUCAUGCGGACGAUUAAAGUAAAGUAGGAAGCGAUGCCACAGUUGUUGGAAAAAUCUUAUAAUUUUGCAAAUACGAAUAUAAAAAUACAAGCUCAUUGGUGAAUACACUUUGCACUUGGGGAUUAUUCACUUUUUUACGUAACUUCGAUUGCAGUAUUGAUAUUUGUCUGCAGCCAUAAUUGGAUAAAAAACGAAAAUCAUAAUUACAGGUCGGUGUAUAUUUGCACGCAACGGAAAUACACGAAAUGUGGAAUCUUUCUCUACUUUACUCUACACUGUCGAAACGUAUUUUCAAUUUUCUUGGUUGAUCAAGCUUUCUCGAGAUUGUCUCUCGUUUUUAUAUUUUACUGCAUACUUUUAACUCUAUUUAUAUGUUCCUAUACUUAUUUGUAACUUGGAUUCGUACGCAUUCGUGUAAAUAUGUUCUCAUUUUUCCAGCAACUAUUUGAAUAACUGUCGCAGUAUUCAAAUAAUAGUCCCAGCACUUUCAUUAACAUAAUCUUUGAGCCUUGACUUGAGGUACAGUGAGUUAUCGACUUAACUGCUUUUUCAGUUUUCAUUGUUUUAUUAUAAGAGCAUUACUGGGCAUGAGACUAUUAUGACAAAUCGUGUUAUCAAUAUUAUAUCAAGUGGCCCCACGUAAAUUUAUACACCAGAAACCUUAGUGGAUCAUAAAAUUAUGAAAGUCAUAUUUUGCGACUAUGAAACCCAUCACAUAGAUAUAAUACGUGAUAUAAUGUACCGUGCUUGAACGUGGAAAUGGACAAGCGCGACGCCUAGUGUAGGCAACCGGAGUUACAAUUCCCAUCUCAGGCACGAAAGUGUAACUCCGGUUGCCUAUCUACUUGGCGCCGAGCUGAUCCAUUCUCGCAUUUGACAAUAUUCGCUGUUGUCGAGAAAACAGCGAGGAAAGCAAUGCGAUCAAGAAGAUGACCCUGACGUUAUUUCGGUUAGUCCAUUAUUGGUAAAAACAGAAUAAAAGUUUGUUAAAUCGCAAAUAUAGUUUAUUCACAAAUCACAUGAUAACGUUUCACUAAAUAAUAACACAAAACAACAGGGUACGAACAUAACUUUAGGGUUCAACGAAAUGUAGCUCUUACUUAGUACAAAUUAUAAAUAGAUAAAUGACAACUCUUUGAAUAAUAAUAAUCAAAUGUGAGAACAACGUUUUGGAGAAAAAUAAUUUUUCUCAUAAAUACUUGUUCGUAUUGUAAACUCACGCAUAUAUAUUUUUUGGUAUUGUUUAAACAGUUUUCGUCGAUCGUUCUAUCACUUCGGCCAAUCAAAUAUCACUUUUUGAAACGUAUGAUUUAAUUCAAUCUGAAGUACCGAAUUAUUUCAAAUCCGUUCGCUCAGUGAGUUCGAAAUUGUAAUCCCGUUACAAUUUAUUUGUAUAAUAUUUUCAUAUGACUUAUGUGCGAAAUGAGUCACAUAAAAGGAAGAGGGUAACGACGUCUCAGAUUGGCCUUGAAUAUACGUCGUUGAUAAAGUAGGUAAAUAAUUCGUGGCUUAACUCGAUCCGCCACACAUCUGGAGUGUUUGAUUUCUUGAAUAACGUCGGCGCCUAAGAACUUGGAGGAAUAAGACUGUCGUAUGGCACCUGAGCGAAGAAACGAUGUGUCAGAUCAGCUA